CAGGACAAGGAUGCCCCCAAGCGACCUCUCUCCGCCUACAUGUUCUUCUCUCGCGAUGCUCGCGAGAAGACCAAGUCUGACAACCCUGAGGCCUCGUUCGGUGAGAUCGGCCGACUCCUCGGAGCUGCAUGGAAGGAGAUGAGCGACGCCCAGAAGAAGCCUUACAUUGACAUGGCUGAACGCGACAAGGUGCGCGCCGAGACCGACAAGGCAGCCUAUGCCAAGAAGAAUGGUGCUCCAGAGAAGAAGUCCAAGAAGUCAAAGGCAGCCGUCGAUGAGAGCGACUGA